AUGAUUGGGCUCCAAACAAUACAACAUAGCAUAGCGGCUUCUCAACACAACAAAAUCACUGACGAAUCUAAUACAAGCCUUAAAUUGCUCUUAGAAAAUGAAGAGUCUGAAGAGGGUAAUGAAACUGAAACCGUAACAUCUCUCAGACAAUCAGUAAAUACUACGGAACCUAAUAGAGUAAAACGUAAUAAUUUGGAAACAAGCAAUAAAACAGUAUUUUCCAGAGAAUGGAUGAGAAAAGCAGUGAUAGAGUGGUGGAAGAAAACAUUGCAGUCCUUUGAAGAUGAAAUGUAUGCCAUUCGGCCCAAUUUUUUUUGUACUUCACUCAAUUAUAGUCAAACUUUGAGCUUGGCACAAAAAAGACCAAUUUUUUGA